AUGGGGGACAGUAACUUUGACAUUGAAACUCCACUAAACACGCAACAUCCUGAUCUUGAGGUAAGAAAAUUUUGUGAAUGUGUCCUAGAUCAACAUCCCUUAGGGUCGUCUCACAACGGCUCUCGGAUUCUCUGCGUUUGUUAUUACUUUGGCAUCAUUCCAAUUUGGUUAUCAUAUUGGAUGCGUCAAUGCUCCGGGAGGAGUAAGUAUAUUGUCUUGAAAACACGUAACUUGAAAUGAUGAUAGUCUGAUGCACCAGGGGAAGAGCAGUAAAUUGUAACAACAAACCAAUUUUUAGUUAAUUACCGAAUGGAUUAUUGGAUCCCACAGAGAUCUUUUCGAGAAAGAGCUUUCAAGAGAAAACGCUGAUUUGGCAUGGUAUGUAUAGAUACUAUAGUUUACAUAUAGAGGCUGUGGUACUUCACAGUUCUGAAAUGUUUUGAAGAACCUUUUUGUGCUAUUACGCAUUCGCCGAAGUAUGCGACUUGAUGCCUUUCUUUUAUAUGAUGACGGGUCUGGCACAGAGCGAAUUUUUUCAAGCUAUACUCAAUUUACCGCUCUUACCCCCUCGGUGUUUGCGUACUCGAGCCUAAUUUCAGAAAUUUUGGCUUGAGUCUGCAAACACCGAGGGGCAAUAGCGAUGAAUUGAUUCUAGCGACGCGCGCUAGAAUGUGCGCCUUUAAAUUUGAGGCGGAUACGGUAGCUCACCUUUUUUCUAAUUAGAAAAACCAUUUUAUACGGGUUUUUUUUACAAAUAUUAACAAAAUAGACUUAAAACGGCUUGUAAACAAUUUUCUCUUUAUUGCUCUACAGAAAUAUAUUUGAAAUCGACUUCACUGUCAGGGAAAAAAGGAAAAUCAACAUCUACCGUAUCCGCAGUUAAUUUAAAUGCGCAAAAUUCCAACGCCCGCCGCUAGCACGGGCCGGCAAAGCAUACGGAGGAGUGGAAAUUGUGAAGCUGUAACUUCUCUCAGAAACCUUACAUUUACCUCUGACCUGGCUCAUUUUGAAGAACCCAGUAAAAUUGAACUCUGCCUCUUCCCCAUCAAAAAAUCAGAGGUUCCUAUGUUCAAUUUCUAGAGAUAUAUUGAAAAAACCGAAAGUCCUAUGUAUGAAAAGCCGGGUCGUGGCUAGCUUGAAAAGUUUCACUCCGUGCGAGACCCUCCGUAAAGAAAGGCCUCAAGUCGCACAUCCCGGCAAAAAUUAUAAUACUAGCUUACUGAAACAUUUUUAAUUUUAAUAACAUUUUCGACUUGAACCGGGACCAACACUCGAUGCCUUUCGGAUUAUUAAAUUUUUUACUCGAGGUUUUUAAAGCAGAUCGAAAAGUCAUUCGAAAAAGUUUUGAAAAUCUUUCUGAAGAUUCUUUGAUUUCAAAUCUGGAGAAUGUUGUUAAAAUUAUUAUUUUUAGGUCAGUUGCGGUUUCAGUUUUUGCUGUUGGAGGAAUGGCAGGCGGAUUACUGUCAGGAUGGCUUGCUGAUAAAGUUGGAAGACGUGGCGCUCUUUUCUACAAUAAUCUAUUUGCAUUGGCAGCCGCUGCACUGAUGGGACUAGCAAAAUCUGUCGGAGCCUACCCGAUGAUUAUCAUUGGACGAUUAAUCAUCGGCUUCAACUGUGGUAGGUUUGUGGGGGUACAUCCGUUUGAUACAUCCGUUUAGCAUAGAUGUAUUCAAUUUUUGACUUCAGGUUUAUCUUCCGGUCUUGUUCCAAUGUUCUUAACUGAAAUUUCUCCUGUGAACCUCCGAGGAAUGCUUGGUUCUCUGCAUCAACUUUUGGUCACUAUUGCAAUUCUUGUAUCUCAAAUAUUCGGACUUCCACAUAUCCUUGGAACCGGUGACCAUUGGCCUCUGAUUUUCGCGUUUACCGUUGUCCCAGCUAUCCUACAACUCGCACUGUUGCUUUUCUGUCCCGAAUCUCCAAAGUACGAUUACUAUAUUUCCAGCCGAGCAGUCUGUAGACACAAUCCGAUUUCAGAUAUACUAUGAACGUCCGUGGACAACCAGAAGAAGCCAAAAAAGCUCUCAUCCGACUUAGAGGAACUGAUAACGUUUCUGCGGAGCUCAAUGCAAUGAGGGAUGAGGGCAAUGACACAGGAGUACAAAAUAAGACAUCAAUGGGCGACAUGUUCAAGGUAUUUCAUCUCAUAAGUCUAAUAAUCACUGAGUCACAAACGACGCAAAACUUGAACGAACUUAUGCCUUCCACAGGGCGCGAGCUCUAAAAGUCUUGUCUUAAUUUUAUACAAGUUCACCCAUGGAAACUUUCUUUAUAAAACUGAUGAUGCUAACUAUUCAGCAAUUAUGCCUUCUAGGGUUCACUUUUGUGGCCGAUGUCUAUCGCAAUUAUGAUGAUGCUUGCUCAACAGCUUUCUGGAAUUAACGUGGCAAUGUUCUACUCAACUAUUAUUUUCCGUGGAGCUGGGUUGACAGGCAAUGAGCCGUUUUAUGCAACAAUUGGAAUGGGUGCUGUAAACGUGAUCAUGACCAUCAUCUCGGUUUGGCUUGUUGAUCACCCGAAGUUCGGACGCCGUUCUCUUUUGCUCACUGGACUCACGGGAAUGUUCAUUUCCACAAUUCUAAUUGUUAUAGCUCUGACAGUUCAAAAUUCUGGAGCCGAUCACAAGGUGAGAUAUUUCAGUCCAUGUGACCUAUCUCAUCAAGUAUUUCAGUGGGCAAGCUACUCUGCUAUUGGCUUUGUUCUUCUGUUCGUCAUUUCGUUUGCUACCGGGCCUGGUGCUAUUCCAUGGUUCUUUGUUUCUGAAAUUUUUGCAUCGUCUGCUCGUGGCAAUGCAAACUCAAUUGCUGUCAUGGUCAAUUGGGCUGCUAACUUGAUCGUUGGACUCACAUUUCUUCCAAUCAAUGUAAAGUUUCUGAGAAAGGCCAUUAGAAACAGAAACGGUCCUUUCAGAACCUGCUGCACCAAUUUUCCUUCUUCAUCUUCUCAGCUUUCCUCGCCUUCUUCAUCUUCUAUACUUGGAAGGUUGUACCAGAAACGAAAGGAAAGUCGAUUGAACAAAUCCAAGCGGAAUUUGAUAAACGAAAAUAG